AUGCAAUUCUCUUUCGCUGCUCUCCUGGUUGCGUCUGUCUCUUCGGCCGCUGCCUGGAAUAUCACGACUUUCACCGACGACAAGUGUACAGACUCUACCGGCUGGGAGCUCAGUCAGCCCGGCAGUAUUGGCUGUGUCUCGCUGGGGGAGACAGUGAGCUCUGUUCUGGUCGAAAAAAUGUCCGAUGACUUCCACUUCAUUGGCUCGAGCGGAUACGCCUGUGAUACUUUCCACCAGUCUGGUGGGAAUGGCUGCUAUGCUCAGGGACAGGGGUUCCAAUCUAUUCAGGUGAUUCCAGUGUAA